AUGGUAUGGGCAACCUUGAAGAGAAAGGGAGUUGGAAAGCAAAGACUUGAAGUCAUCCAGGCAGUGAGUGAGAAAAGCUCUAGUUGUGUGCAGGCACCAGUUGGAAGAACUGAAUGGUUUAAGAAUGUUACGGGACUAAUACAAGGAGGUGUGAUAUCACCCGUACUAUUUACAAUGGUGAUGGAUGAAAUAGUCAAAGAGACGAAAGAAGCUCAUAGAGGGAGGGAGAUGAAGCUGUUACUAUUUGCUGCUGAUAUUGUGGUGUACGGAACAAGCAGUAAGGAGGUACAAAAACAAAUAUACAUCCUAGAUGAUAAGGUCGAGAAAUAUGGAAUAAAAUUUAGUGUGGAGAAAAGCACGGUGGUAACCAGAGGGGAUAGAAAGGGCAACGGACAAUUUCAUAUUAAGGGACGGAAUAUUGAAAUAGUGGACAACUUUAAGUAUCUAGGAAGUUUAUUAAUGGGGAAUGCUCGUUUGGAGACAGAAAUUAGGAAAAGAAUACAACAGAGUAGUACAUUUUACCAGUGGUGGUGGUGGUGGUGGUGGUGGGCGGCCUCGGUGUGCGGGGAAGAGUGUCCGGAGAAGGCGGCGUGCCAGCGGCUGCGGGGACACCGCGUCGUCUGCUCCGGAGGGCUGCACCAGUUCGCCACGACCGCCGCGCCUCGCGUGCGCUCGGUGCGGCUGUGCGACUGGCCGGAGGCGACGCUCGACCCCGCGGCGCUGGCCCGAGCCUUCCCGGGCGCCCAGCAGGUGGCGCUGCUCAACGCCAACGUCUCCCGCCUCUCCGCGCCGUUCCCGCCCAUGGCCAAGCUGGAGACGCUGAACAUGACGGGUCUCGGCCUCCGCGAAUUACCCGAGGACGCCCUUGGGAACCUCACAUCUCUCCGCACGCUGGACUUGCGGAAUAACCACCUGGAGCGUCUGGAUCCCGAGCUGUUCGACGACCUGGAUGAGCUGAAGCAAGUCUACUUGUCAGGUAACAGGUGGGACUGCGCGACAGCCGACCUGACGUGGUUGCUGGGCGACGACGGAGCGAUCGUCAAGGACCGCGACGCCAUGCGCUGCGGAGACGCCAACUUCACGGAGCGGCCAGUCGUGCGAGUCAUGGAAUUCAUCAAGGCGAUGCAGGAGAAGUGCCCCAGCAACUGCACGUGCUGGAUGGGCUACGUGGCGCCCACCAAGGAGGGCUUCCUGCUGCCCAUCAUCACCGUCGACUGCAGCGGCCGCGGACUCACGCAGCUGCCCGAGGACGUUCCGGAGAACACCACCACACUCAUCCUUACAGGCAACAAGAUCCGCGACGUGUCGCGGCUGUCGCGCGGCCUGGGCCACUACCCGCGCGUGCUGGACGUGCAGCUGGACGACAACGAGGUGUCCUCGCUGGACGAGCUGGAGGGCUCCCGCUGGCUGUCCACGUUCCGCGCGCUCAGCGUGCGCGGCAACCGCCUCUCGCAGCUGCCCGCCUACGCCUUCGACGACGCGCUCGAGCACAACGGCAACGCGCUGCGACUCGCCCUGGGCCACAACCCCUGGCUCUGCGACUGCCACGUCACGCCUCCCUUCCAGGUGCUACUGCUAAAGUAUUCGAAGCUGGUCACAGAUCUGGAUGACAUUCGAUGCCAGAACAUCGAUGGCGACGAAAAUGCCAAUGUCAAGGUGAAGGACGUGUCGCGCAACUCGGUGUGCCGCGUGCCGGAGGAGCAGCUGGUGCAGCCUCUGGACGUGCUCAACGGCGUGCUGGCGGCGCUCAUCGCUCUCUCGCUCGCCAAGCUCGCCUACGACUACUGGGCCUUCAAGCGCACCGGCAAGCUGCCCUGGCUCGUCGGCAAGAUGCCCUGAGCCGCGGCACCAGCCGGCCACGCAUCCAUCCGCUCCCCGCCUGCCGGCGCUCAGGGCCACGUCCACAGUAUUUCAACAAGUAACGCAGCCUUACGGGCAGAUGACCGAAUUAGAAAUGUUGCUCUAAGCGCCCCCGAUUACGCGGCUCACGUAACUAAGCACGACGUCGCAGUUUCUUUAAGAGAUGUAACAUUUGUCGAGGAUUUGCAGAAACACACCCUUUAAUUUCCUUCUACGAUUCAGGUAUAGUGUGAAGGUUGUUCAUUUGAACUGUGAUCCGAGCAAGUCAGGUGUGGUGGGCUGUUUCAGCUCUAAGACUGUCCUGCUGAAACCACAUGCUUUUGUUCAUGUUUAGUGUUGAAAAAUUGUUGCACCAUCUGUAUGUAGCGCUCAGUGUUCAUUAUGCCACGAAAUUAUGUGACACUGCGCAUAAAACACACACUUUUUGUGUAUCCAGAGACUAUGAUAUGGAUUUUGCGUGGCCCAUAUGAGUGUGUACGUGCAUUCACAUGUACACCAAGAUGGAGUCUUGCCUCGUCAAACCAAAACAAACUAUCGAAUUCUUAUUCAUAUGCCGUUGUAUAUGACACUGAUGGGAAGGUAUAUGUUUUGCAUUGUCUCCAGAGGACAACUCUUGCGCAUCUCGAAUUUUGUGCGGGAGCAAUACAGUUGGGCAAUACAGUGUGGAUGUAACCUCCAGAGAGACCAGACGUCCGCAACAGGCAUCACACAGACUUCACGGGACCCAAAGAAUAUGCAGCUCCUUUUGGCUGCAUUUGCCACAUUUCCUGUCUUCUGUCGUACAGGAACUUGAUGGUAGAUUAAUUUGGUGCAUUCUUACAAAACCUCUUUGUGAAGACUUCGGAGUGGCGACAUUUAUUGUGCUGAGUGACACUGAAUAUUCUCUUUGGUAAUGUGUAGCCCAUUUCUUUCUCAGUUAAACGAAAAUCAGCGUCUGCAACGAGAAAGAAACAUUGUUCCAUAAGACUGCGUUACUUUUUGAACACCCUGUAUUUGAUGAGGACUACAUUUCGUCGAUCAUUAAUAAUUUAACUAUCAGAAUCGUUGUAAAAGGACAACAAAGUUUCCAGUAUUAAAUACGGUACAAUGGACGUGGCAACAGGACAAAAUGUUUCAGCCAACAAAUCUCGUACACCAUGGGAACAGCAUCUCUCUUAGCUUUAGAUUCAGACCUGUAAGCAGCUCUGUUCAUCUUCAGUUUAUCUGAUAUUGUGGCCUAGUUGUACUCCGUGUUCCUAUUUGAAUUUGUGUUUGUGUAAUUAAUUUUCUGUUGCUUGUCUGUUAUUUUUACUGCUGAAUCCCAGAUUGGCAAAGCGGUCCGUAUUGAAGGAAAUGUGUCUCAAGUACUCUGCAGGUAGUUGGCCACAUAGUAACUGUUGAAAGCUGCAGUAUUCGAUGAAAAGUCUUCGUGCUGUUUUGUUUAGAUCAUAAAGGAUACAUUUCCGCGAAUUUACCGGUAUCCGUACACUUUUUAAAGCAUUAUUGCUAUGUAUCGUACAUACAACAUAUACUUUGAACUAGUCUGUUUCAGCCACCUACACAACUACUCGUAUCAUAUUCGUUUUCCCGAACAUCCCCGAAACAUCCAAAGCAUCAGUAGCGGAUAUUGCUCCACUUAAAUCCACCUACACUCAGAAAUUAAUGAAAUUUGUUAAUGGUUGAAAAUCUUAAAGAGAGUGAGACCUGAAAUUUUGUCAGAAUCGAAACGAUGAGUUACCAACAAUACAGACGUCCACAUAAUCAAGAGGUACUGUAGAUAACAUUCCAACAAUUCAUGAGUAGCAGUUGCUGCACUUUCAGACUGUAGAAAGUUUAAUUGCGUGCUGGGCAAUAAAAAAAACCGAAGAUCAAUCAACAGGACUUUCUUACAUAAAACCGCUGACCAAAUAAGCGUGUGAUGCGCCCUAAA